AUGGCCAGCUCGAACUCGACAGAAUGGUAUACAAACCUUACCACACCUCCUACAAUACAACCCACAAGCGACAAAUCAUCAGAACUCGGCUGGCAUCUCGGCCCCCCCCUUAGUUUCGCCGCUGUGAACCCAGUAUUAUCCGAAUGGAUAAAGAAAAUCUUUCCGUUCAUGCCAACAAACAGGACAUUGGCCCAUAUCAAGAAAACUGUCGAUGAAAUCCGCAAAUUCUACCCUGGAAAUGACGAGAAACCUCUGACGCAAGAAAACCUUGACGCCCUGAUAGAAUCCUUGCAGAAAAAUGUACAGGACAAAGAGGAUUGGAUUCAACUACUUAUCCGUCGGUUAAUAGAAGCCAACAUGGACAACGACAUUCUCACUAAGCAACUCGAGCAGGUGAAUCUACGUAUCAGUCAACUGCAAGAUGCCUGGAAUGACGAGGCCGAAACUUCGAAAAUGCUAAUUGCAAGCCUCGAUGAGGAACGAGCCAGAAGCUUGGACCUUAUGCGGGAAUUGGCCCGCAGAGAAGAAGAGAUCGAAGAAGCCCGGAAGACCAUGCUUAAUUUGAACAAAUGGUCAAGGCAGCGCUUGGGGAUUAAGACGAAAAUGAGCUUUAAAAGUAGGACUUGGAGCAUUAAAACCCGGAGUUUGUAA